UCUCUCUCUCUCUCUCUCUUUUAUCUGUUCUUUUUGCUCGUCUCUUGCGUGUGCUUGCAUAAUAUUCGUAAAGUUCAGUCCCUUCUAUUUAUUUUGAGGUCAUGCGACUGUUGAACCUUUUCACCUCCCCUUGCAGAGCCCCUCAUUUUUCUUUCCCCUUAAACCCCUUCAAAUUCUCGCUCCCUUCGCCUCUCCCUCCUCUCCACCGCCGUAAUCGGAAUCCCGGGGGCGAUUCGCGUCUUAGCGACCGCGUUUACUGCUUUUGCUUGUCCAGAGGUGGUUCUACGGUGGCAACAAUGUGCCCAUCGCCGCCGUCCGUUCACGUCAAGGACCGUAUUGAUCUGACGGCCAAGGAGGAGCAGAUAUUCGACCGUCUUCUCCAGGUCCUGCGUCACUUCAAUCUCCAGACGCAGCUUAGGGUCGCCGGCGGCUGGGUUCGCGACAAGCUUUUGGGGAAAGAAUGUUAUGAUAUCGAUAUUGCCCUUGAUAAUAUGAUGGGGAAGGAAUUUUGUGAGAAAGUGAACGAGUAUUUGUCGUCUAAAGGCGAAGAGGCUCAAGGAGUAGGUGUCAUACAGUGCAAUCCUGAUCAGUCGAAACACUUGGAAACAGCCAGAAUGCGCCUUUUUGACGUGUGGAUUGACUUUGUCAACUUAAGAUCUGAAGACUACAGUGAAAAUAGUCGAAUCCCAACUAUGAGGUUUGGCACUGCUGAAGAGGAUGCUUAUCGAAGAGAUUUAACUAUCAAUAGCUUGUUCUACAACAUCAAUACGAGUUCAGUUGAAGAUUUCACAAAAAGAGGAAUUGAGGACUUGAAAGCGGGAAAGAUAGUGACCCCAUUACCUCCAAAGCAAACCUUCUUAGAUGAUCCGCUUCGAGUUCUCCGGGCUAUACGUUUUGGUGCACGGUUUGGAUUCUUGUUAGAUGAAGAACUGAAGAUAGCUGCUGCAGACAAUGAUGUCAGAGAAGCUAUUGCUGAUAAAAUCAGUCGAGAACGUAUUGGUCAUGAAAUUGAUCUUAUGAUAUCUGGAAAUCAGCCUCUGAGGGCAAUAUUUUACAUCACUGAGUUGCAGCUCUUUUGGGCUGUAUUUAGUCUUCCAAGUGAAGUGGAACCUUCGACUCCAGAAGGAUGUGACAGGCUUUGCAUUGCUUACAUGGAUGCAACAUGGAGAUUUUUGCAGUCAGUAGGUUUCUCCUUGAAUGAUGACCAGUGGAGACUCUGCCUUUAUGCUGCUAUGUUCCUUCCCUUAAGUAAUGUUAUUUACAGAGAGAAAAAAGGCAAAAAGAUACCAGUAGUAAGCUACCUCUUCAAGGCUUCUCUCAAGUUGAAGAACAGUGAUGCAGAUAUUGUUAUUAGCUUGCAUCUUGCAGCACAAAAGUUCGUGCACUUAAUUCCUUCACUCAUAUCCAAUGAGAAUUUUCAAACUCUUCAAGUCGAUAAGAACGCAUUAGCCAUUGAUGUCCCUAUUUCGUUACAACUCAGAAUACAAACAGGAUUGAUUCUUCGAGAAAUCAAGGACUUUUGGCGUGCUUCAUUGAUGCUUUCUCUGCUAUUAAACUCAGAAGAUAUUGGUUUGAGUAAAACAGAACUAAACGGGAGAAUAGAAUUAUAUAACAGAAUUGAGAAUGCAGUUCUUGAAAUGGUGAAUGGUAAAGACAUCAUGAGUGUCUUGGAGCUAAAAACGGGAGGGCCGGUUGUGAAAGAAUGGCAACAGAAACUGCUCCAAUGGCAGCUUGCGCAUCCUUCUGGAUCUGCAGACGAAUGCAUUGAUUGGAUGAGGCAAAACCACUCAAAACGCGCUAGUACAGAAUGACAUUUUUUUCCUUAGUCUCUUUUUGGUUAUGAUAAAAAAAGUAGCUUCUACGAUUUUUUCGACUGUACAGAAGUUUUUCGUAUUGCUCGUUGUUUUGACGAUAUUCGUGCAUAAUUUUCUACAAGUAAUAACAAACAAUAGUAUAUCCAUUUCAAUAUAACUUUAGAUUUACAAACUCAUCUUUUGGCUUCGAUUUUGAAGGCAAUGUAUGUACAUUCUCAUUACCUCAUACGAUAGUUUUGAAGUCGAAUAAACAUAGAAGAAGUUCACCAUGUGUUAGACCGUUUAACCAUAAGAACUCGCCUUCUUCGCCCAAUCCAACUACUCAUCCACGAAGGAUCUCUAGAAAUGACUCUAUAACCUGCGUUCGAAUAUAAUUUUUGAGCACCAUAAUCAUCCUCAUAAGCUCUGAGCACAAGAUACUCGAAACCCCAAAUUGCAGAGAGUUCAUCACAAGCCUUUAGCAAUACAGUCGCCACUUUCUGUCUCCUGAAUUUGUUUAGGACAGCUAUUCCAGAGACAUAAAGAUACUCUUCUACUCCUUUGAGGUGCUCAAGCACAUAAUCUUCCCUUUGAACUGUCACAUCGACUACUCCUACGAGUUCUUUAACAUUCGAGCCCUCAUAAUCGCUUUCGGGCUCUGCUACUAAACAAGCGUACCUGCGUAAAAGUGAGUUCCUCAGCCUGUACAUAAGUCCUGAAAGCACUUCAGCCUAUAUAAAAACCGAAGAACAUAUCGUUAAACAUAAACACUGGCUCGUGAAAAGCUUCUGCUUGAAUGUAAGCUACUCUUUUAGUCUCCUCCUCUGUGUCCGCCAUUCUCCUCACUUGCCAAUUUAAGUGGCUAACCAAAUAACCGAACAGAAGCUUUUCGCUUACGUGGGCCCCGCCAUUCGAGUCGAGCUUUUUCGGACGCGAAUUCACUUGCUGAUCAGCAGAUGUAGAGUAACUGCACAAACACACAAGCCUUUUGUUUUUCUUGAAGGCUGAAUUUUGUUCUGUUUUGAAGCUCAAAUUGUUGUGAGAAUUGAUUUUUCUCAAGAAAAGUUCUUUUUUGAACUGCUUUACAACAAUAGAAGAAUGGGUGCAGUGCAAAUGAGCCAUUGAAAAACUUUUAUUUGCUUUAUUUAUUUAUUUUUUUUUUU